CGUUUUAGUUUAUAGUUUGGGUCUCUCAACUCUCUCACGUAACCUUUUCAUAAUACCAAUAUGCUUUAUCAAAUUUAGAAUGCCGUUUAUGCUAUGAAUUUUAUUUAUAGCCUAUGCUUUAAUAGCAGCAAGCUUACGUUAUGUUAUGAUAUAUUAUCAAGAAACUAAAAAGCAUAAUAAAACAUUAUUUCCUUAUUAUUAAUGUCGUGCCCGAUAAGUGUUAGAAUGUAUCAUAUUUUUUGGGUUAUAUUGUACAGACUUUGGGAUGUGUCCACGUUAACGUUAAUAUCCAGUAUUAUAGUAUUUUUCCUGUAUGGAUAUUUGAUUGCAUUUUGUGUCUUUAUGGUAGGUCUGUCAGGAAUUCUGUACAAUGCUCAAGACCUACUAUUAUAUUACCCAAAUGAUCCACCGGAAUCCAGAAUGUUCAUCCUCCAACCUAGCAACUUUAAGUUACCUCAUGAAAAUAUUAAAAUAAACAACAAGGAUAAAUUGAAAAUUCACAUAUACCUUAUUAAACAACCAACUAACAGCAACCACGUACCAACAAUGAUAUUUUUUCAUGGGAAUGCUGGUAACAUGGGCCAGAGGCUGUCUAAUGUUUCCGGAUUUUAUCACAAAUUAAAAAUAAAUAUAAUGAUGGUGGAGUACAGAGGUUAUGGUUUAUCAGAAGGCACCCCAUCAGAAAGGGGGCUUUACGUAGAUGCACAAUGUGCACUAGACUACAUCAUGCACAGAACUGACAUUGAUCGCUCAAAGAUUGUUUUGUUUGGCAGGUCAUUAGGUGGAGCCGUGGCUAUAGACUUAGCUUCUAGGUUGGAGAAUAGAAAUAAGAUUUGGGCGUUAGUUGUGGAGAAUACAUUCACAAGCAUACCUGAUAUGGCCCAGAUCAUUCUCAAGUGGCGAUGUUUGAAGAUACUACCACUGAUAUGUUACAAGAACAAGUAUAUGUCAGUCAACAAAAUUGGUCAAGUACUAGCACCCACAUUAGUAAUUUGUGGCUCCAACGACGCUCUAGUGCCACCUGAAAUGGCAAAUCAGCUGUACAUGAGGUGUGGAGCCAUCUGCAAGAAACUGACCGUGAUGCCGGGCGGCGGCCACGACAACACCUGGACCUGCAGGGACUACUACUCUUCCAUACAGCAGUUCCUGGUCAAUGUGCCGAUGCUACCACCCAGCCUCGGAACGCUUCUCGACGACCAAGAUAACGAAGCUUAUGAUAACAAUGUGACGAGACACAGCUUAGUGCACACAGUAUAGCGAGUUGACUGAUUAUAUAAUUAUAUUGUGUACAAAAAUAAUACUUUUACCUCAAUUUGCAUA